AUGAGCGUCGUGGCGAGAAGACCCCCCGAUUCACCUCGAAUGCCUCGCAGCAUGCCGUCGCCGUCGCCGUCGCCCACCCAUCAUGCCCGGCCCAUGGUACCGCCACCGUCGCCGCGCUCGUCCUCCCUGGCCUACACGAACCACCACUACUCCAAGAAGACGAACGCGAACGCGAGCAUGAGCGCGAGCUCGAGCUCGACCGGCCCGGAUAUCUACUCGCCCACCGCCGCCCAGUUCCCGGCCCGCCCGGCAAGACAGAGCCCGGUGCUGCCUGAGACCGCGUUGUCGACGCUGCCGAAAUGCCUGCCGCCCGAGGUGUACGAGUGUAUCCUGGCCCAAUUGCAAAUCUUGCAUCUCGGCGGCCACGGCGAGGGCUGUAUAACGUGCCUCAUGCGAGAUCUCCAUUCGUUAAGCCUAACCAAUAGAGCGUGGGAGCGAGUGGUCAGGAACAAGCUGUACCAGAAAAUCUACAUCAAUGGCAUCGACUCGCCCGCCCAGCUCAAGAAGUAUCGAUGGAAGCGCGGCAGCCGAUUAAAGCUCCUCCGCAGAACCCUGCGCGAGAGGAAACUGCUGGCAAACGUCGUUCUCGAGCUUCGCGUGCCGGAACUCGACCUGUCCAUGCCCACCGGAAAGCAAAAUGCCAACUCGCAGGAGUACCUUGAUUUGGUGGCGUCCGUGGUCAUGGUCUGCCCAAACCUCGAGCGUUUGCUGGGAAUCAUACUGCCGUAUGCCCAUGACUUCGAUAGACUGACGCACGCCCUGUCGACCCGCAAGAAGCUCAAAGAGCACGCCUGGGUGAUCGGCGAGCAUGCCGCGGUGACGGAGCGCGCAAAGCAGCAGUCGUCUAAAUUGCUGGAUCAAGGCCAGGUGUACCAGUUUCUGAGCUAUCACACCUUUUGGUCCAACCUUGAAACAUUGAUGUUACACUCCCUGGGUUCGAAUGGCAUUCUCGAGCAUGGGAUCGUGCUACGAAUGCUCAAUUUCCUGCCAGCAUUGCGUCACUUGUCUGUAUCCUGCUUUCAUGCCAAUGAUUUCACAGAUCGGACGCUGUUGUUUUUGCCGCCGCUCAUCUCCUUGCGCCUUGAAUCCCUACCUGGGGUGACGGAGAACGGCCUGUCGCGCUAUAUAUCGCGGCAAGAAGCAAGAGGACUGCAAUCAUUGACGCUUAUAGAACAGAACUUGACAUCUUUAUUGGUAUUAUCUAAGAUUUUAUCAUCCUUGAGGCGCCUGGAACGAUUGAGUGUUGUUCAGCAGGAAACAGCCCCGACACUUCCAGAGGGCCGUAUGGUGUUCCAGCCUAUCCUGGCAUCUUCAAGUUUAAAGCAUUUGCAUUGGGAUCUUGCGAGCCCAAACCCGGAUGCUCUAUGCCUGGCCGACCUUCAGCAGAUAAACAGGCCUUUAAAUAGCGAAAAUACUCCCAAUUUCCAUCUUUCUCAGAGCAUUCUAAAUGCUGGUUUCCCUGCCCUAAAAACACUGCGCGCGCCAAAUGAUAUUGAUCCUCUUGGGGCUUUACAGUCCGUCUGCCGUCCAACUCGGAACGGCCAGAUAAUGCUGGUCGCUGAUCGAUAUAGUCUUCCCAGGAGCUCUCAUGGAACCAUAUCCAAACGUCCUGUGGUAUUGCCUAGUGGUGACAACCUAUCUUCCGCCAGAAUACGCGCCCAAACGCUCAUUGAUUCCGCUGCGAGAGAAGUUGACCGUGGCAUCAAAGUUAUCGUGACAGACCAUUCUGCAAACCAGACACCACCAAUGCCAGCCUUCUCCGACUCCAGCUCGGAAGACGACUUCGAUGAAAUCGACGGCAUACUGGACUCCACCAAACAAAAACAGGAGAAGCAACCCCCCUCGAAGCACAAACGACGCAUCCCCCCCGCCAUCAAAGUCCAAGAAUUCACCAUCCCCGGCUGCAUUGGACGCGUGUACAACUCCGUCUACAGCACCAUGGCCCCCACCACGCCGACCUUCACCCUCCGCCCGGACAUCCCCUGCUCCGACGCCGACGGCGGCCUGCUGAGCUGGAAACACAUCCUCACCGCCAACCAGACCUGGUUCUACUCCACGCCGUCCCCCGUUUCCUUGCCGGUCGUUCGCGCCGGCACCGCCUCGAGCCUGGGCGGCAAUGGCAACGACGACGUCCCGUCUCCCUCCCCAACCUCCUCGCGCUUCACCAUCUGGAGCAGCAACGGCGGCGCCGGCAGCAAUCCCGCCUCGCUGCCGUCGCCGCGCACGCCCACGUCGCCCAUGCCUCCCAUGUCGCCGUUUGCUCCGGCGCCGACCGAGCAGGCGUCGUGGUCGAGGGAGAUGUGCAAUGGCUCGUGGAAUCAGGGGCAUAGGCUGGGUAAAGACUGGUGGAUCCAUGUUGAGCGAGAGGUCGUUGGGAAUGGGAGGCACAGUGGAAGGCUGCUGGAGUUGAGCCAUUUAUUCUAA